AUGGACCAUGUGCUCAUAUCUCCAGCCAAACCAAAAGAAAAGAUAAACAAUGUAACUGAAUUCAUCUUGUUGGGUUUGACGCAGAAUCCAGAACUCCAGAAACUCUUAUCUGUUGUACUUUUAGUUGCAUACUUGAUGACACUGGCAGGAAAUCUGCUCAUCUUCAUCACCAUCUUCAUCAGCCCAGCCCUGAGUUCUCCUAUGUACUUUUUUCUGGCCUACUUGUCCAUUAUAGAUGGUUUCUACUCUUCUUCCAUAGCACCCAAAAUGAUCUUUGACUUGAUCUCUGAAAAGAACACCAUCACCUACAAUGGUUGCAUGACUCAGCUCUUUACAGAACAUUUCUUCGGUGGAGUUGAAAUCAUCUUGCUAAUUGCCAUGGCCUAUUAUCGCUAUGUGGCCAUCUGUAAGCCCUUGCACUACAUGACCAUCAUGAAUCAACCUGUGUGUGCUUUCCUGGUGGGAUUAGCUAUGGUACUCGGGUUUCUUCAUGCAGGAAUCCAGCUUUUCUUUAUGGUUCAGUUACCCUUCUGUGGCCCAAAUGUCAUUGACCACUUUAUGUGUGAUGUAAUACCUCUUGUAGAGCUAGCCUGCACAGACACUCACACAUUGGGACCCCUGAUUGCUGCCAACAGUGGGUCAAUGUGUUUGCUUAUUUUUUCUAUUCUGGUUGCUUCUUAUGUCACUAUCCUACGCUCCCUGAGGAAUCAUAGCACUGAAGGGCGCCGAAAAGCCUUGUCUACCUGUGCCUCUCAUAUCACUGUGGUCAUCCUAUUCUUUAUACCAUGUAUAUAUUUAUACUUCAGACCCAUGAUCUCCUUCCCCACUGACAAAGCUGUAACUAUAUUUUGUACCAUUGUCACUCCCAUGUUGAACCCUUUAAUCUAUACCCUCAGAAAUUCAGAAGUGAAAAAUGUCAUGAAGAAACUCUGGGGGCAAGUAAUAAAAACUGGAGACAAACCUUAUAAUUGA